AUGGCUGAUCCUGUUUCGCUGGUGGCUGCGGGGAUAGGAAUUGCUGAUGUUGCAUUUCGACUUGUCAAGUAUCUCAAAGAUAUCAAAGCAGCAGCUAAGACCAUUGACGAGGACAUCGAAGGUUUAAUCAAUGAGGUCGAAGGUCUACAAAAGGUGCACGGUCACCUCGAAAAGGAGUACCUUAAGAAUGUCACCAACGUUGAGAUGGGGGAUGACGAAAGGAGCCUUUGGACCAGCACUGGACAGACUCUCAAAAAUGGACAGAAGCUUACCGAGAAACUCGAGGCUUCGGUGAAGUCCAUAUACGGCGAUCACAGGCUGGCGACUGGCAGGCAGUCUGCUCGUCAAAACCAUGAGGAUCAAAAUGCUCAGUUGGAGCAGUUGGUUGCCGAUCUUCGAGACCUAAAGAAUCGAAUGGAGCAAGCGCAGCACUCAUCGCUGCCUCCAUACGAGACCAUAGCCAACACGACGGAGUAUCGCGACUUCAACAUAGAAUCGGUGUCAGUUGUGAACCAGCUCGGUAUUGCAAUCAAUAACAUUGCGCACAAUCCAAAGACCGAUGCCUCGAUGACGAACGAACAUUUCGAUAUUCCCAAGCCCGUUGAUCCAUUCUAUACUGGUCGUGAGGAUUAUGCAGAACGCUUGCGAAGCUGGUUCUUACCAGCUCCUUCUCGGAAGCAACGGGGUGAAAAGAUCGCAAAGGCAGAGCAAAAGCGCUUCGUUGUAUACGGGCUUGGAGGCGCAGGAAAGACGCAGUUCUGCUCCAAGUUUGCUCAAGACAAUCGACAAUACUUCUGGGGCGUCUUUUGGGUAGACGGCAGUAGCCCAUCGCGGUUGAAACAGACCUUCUCCCAGAAUGUAUCAAAGAUCGGAAAAGUGGACCUUAACGAGAACGCUGCGCUUCAUUGGUUAUCUAACCUCAGUUUUCCUUGGCUUCUUAUCAUCGACAACGCCGACGACCCCGACCUCAAGCUUGCCAACUAUUUUCCACGAGGGAACCGAGGUCACGUUCUUGUCACAACCCGCGAUCCCGGAAAAAAGGCUUACGGUACAGCUGGUGAAAAAUACUUCGAGUUCCAAGGACUGAGUACGAGCGAUGCAAGCAGUCUACUUCUGAAAGCAGCCGGCCAGUCAGAACCAUGGGACACGGUCGUAUCCAGCAUCGCUUUAUCCAUUGCCAAAGCGCUUGGUUAUCUUGCAUUGGCUAUCACGCAUGCAGGUCGGGCUAUCCGUGAAGAGUAUUGCAGGCUUAGCGAAUAUCUACACUACUACGAGCGCCAAUGGGAACUGACAAGGCAAAACAGACUUCCAGUGAAAGACAAAGACGCCGCUGACGAGCUGAGCGUCUUUUCGACGUUUGAACUGAAUCGAGAAGCUAUCGAGAAGCGAGGAACUAGAGCGUCUCGGGACGCACUCCAGUUGCUUGACACAUUCGCAUUUCUCCACAACCAGGACAUUCGAUACGACCUACUGAAGCGAGCUGUCGAGAACGCCCAGGUCGAACACCAGAAAGAAGUUGAAGACAAGAUCAAUGAACGCCAGUCUAAGGAUGCUAAGCCCAUACGCGACUGGUCAACGUGGUGCAAAGAAACUGCUUUCCUGGUUCUUGCAUAUUUCUACCAGAAUCGUAGUCCACCCGUCCUUCCGGUUAUCAUCCGAGAUGGGCGAAAUACGAGGAAUUUCGAUGAGGAUCGACUGCGCAUAGCUUUACGGCAGCUGAUCCAGUUCUCACUUAUAAUCAAAGGCCAAAAUGGCGACAGCUACUCUAUGCACCCUCUUGUGCACAAGUGGGCCCGCGAGCGACCUGGCAUGAGUGUUGCAGCGCAAGCAGUUUGGUCUCAAGCCGCCGCAAUGCUACUAUCACAUUGCAUCCUCAUUCCGCCGCUUGGUAAUACAGAAGAAGAGGAAGACGUUCGGAAAUAUAUCCUGCCUCAUGUCGACCAUGUACGCCAAUGUCAGCAAUCUAUAGAGCAACGCAUGAGAGACAAACGCAUGGCAAGAAUGAAUCCAUUGCCAGUUUUUGAAGGUGGUUUCGAUAGGGACAAAGCUAUCACAUAUGCCAAGUUCAGCUUGGUGUACAUGCAGAAUGGACGGUGGGAGGAGGCUAGGCGACUGCAGACUGCAGUCAAAGAUUUCACGACUCAGAUCCUGGGCCUGAAGCACCCUAUUACUCGUCGUGUUACCCGUCUACUGGCCACAACCCUGUACAAUCUCGGACAAAGUGAGGACUCGGCCAAACUAGAAAAGGAAGUCCUAGACGCAUGUGUGUUAUACCUAGGUGCUGAUCACCGAGAGACACUGGUUGCCAAGUUUAACCUUGGCAAAUCGGUCUUCUUACAAGGCAAAUUUAGCCAGGCGAAACUUCUUCAAGAAGAAGCGGUCGAGGGUCUGACUAGGCUGAUUGGUCUCGACCAAGAAGACACCCUAGAUGCGAUUGACUGGCUUGGCCGGACUCUGCUCAUGUUCUUCACCGAAGAGCAUGUGAAUCGAGCCCGUCAACUUUUUAUCACAGCAUCGGAAGGCAUGAAGAGGGUGCACGGCGAUGAACACACACGCACCCUCGAAGCACGUGAGCACCUUUGUAGUUCCGCCACCAAGACGGGAAACAAGCAACAUCUGGACGAAGCGCAUGAUAUGAUGAUCAAGAUUUUGGAAACCCGGAAGGAAAAACUUGGCAAGGAGCAUGCAUACACAUUACUUGCGAUGGUGAACCUCGCUCUUGUGAAAUGCAAGAUGGGUAUGAUUCAUGAAGCUGAAGCACUCAUCCAACAUGGCCUACCUAUCGCCGCACGCAAUCUAACCGAAGGUCACAUAGCUUAUCUCUGGGGUCGUUAUCAUCUUGGCCGAAUUUGGGUGCUUCAAGAAAGAUGGGCCGAGGCAGAGACAUACCUGGUUGAUGUUACUGAGCGACAGCGUUACACAUUGCAAGGAAGAGGCGAGUUUCAUCCUGAUAGGAUCGGCGGUCUGAUAGAGCUAGCCACAGUCUACAACGCGCUCGGGAAAGUUGAAGAAUGCGAGAGAGUGACAGAAGAAGCUUUGGCUGCACUAGCAAAGAUAUCUACGACUGAACAUCCGGAGGCAAAAAAGUUGAAGGAGAACAGAGACAUGUGGAGGCAACGGAGAAAAGAUAGCAUGGCAGUUCCACCGCGGAUCGACAGACCACAAGACAUUGAGCAGCGCAUUCAGAUUGGACACAUCCACCGGUCAUCGACAUUGUAG